AUGUUGGGAGGAGGAACUCUCAUCAAACAGGCCGGGCUAUUUGGCUUCGGCUACAACCGGGUGAACUACAAAUUUGACCAGGGCCAACGAUGGGCUCGCUUCACCGCCGGCCGCGCAAACGAGCUGAAACGCUCCGCGAUGUUUCGAGAAGAUGUGUCUGACCUGGCGGCAGUGUCAGUCAGCAAGUUGAAGGUCUACGUCCCCGUGCUCACAAUGAGCUUGGGCUAUGUGCUCACCGUUUUGGUGGAAGCCCGAAGUGGAUUGAAAUUCCCAGGCCCACCCACCUUUGCCUCCGGCUUGUAUUUGAAUUGUCUGGCGGUCGCCUUCGCUUUCAUGACGCUCUCCAUUUGGCUGUGCUGGCAUGCCGCCAUGCGAGCCCAGAUCGCCAUGGUGCAACUUCGCACAAGGAAGGUGCGUCUGCCGGUGCCCUCCCAGCGGCAGCUGGACAGUGCACGAAAGAUCUUGUCCACCUACGAGGAGCAGGGCGUCUACGACAUGUUUCGGCUGCCUUUCCUGAUGCCCAACACCGGCAACACGCCACCGGCUUCGGAUGACGAGGUGAAGGACGGCAAGAGUAAGAAGGAAUCCAAGACCGGCUAUGACAAAGCGGGCUUGCCGGGCAUUGGAGCCAAGAUGAAGGAAAAGGUGAAGGAGCUGGCUGAGGAGACGGGUGGUUCCAAGAAGGAACUGGCGCACGCUGCGCGGAUGCCGGGCACCACCUCAGGGGUGCCGUCAUGGAUCGACAAGGAGGUGGCAGCCCGUGAUGAUUUUCCCAAGGCUUCUCCCAGUGCUUUUGGCAACGAAGCUCCGCCCGAGCCCUAUGAGCAUUUUGAGCUGAUUCGCCAAGCACAGAAAGACUAUUGGUGUGCCGAAGCCUAUGCCCGAGUGACCUUUUUGAUUGGCAAGAUGCACUUGAUCCAAUCCUUCGCCUAUUGGCUCCCCAUUCACAACAUCGGUGAGCUGGGCCUGGUCUGGGGCGCUGUGAUCUGCGCCUCCUCAUUGUCCGCAGGGGUGUGGAUCAUGUUCCGCAUGGAUGUGUUGCCCUCCCAUGGAGGCUGCUUCCCCAUCGAAAUCGGAGGGCCCAUCAUUGAAGCCAUCAGUUUGGCCUUGGCCUACACGCAUCAUCCCACAGCAAGUGUCAUAGACAUUUCACGUGCUGUUGCCAUCCUGGUUCUUUUGAUGCAGAUCGGCCUCACGAUUCGUCUCUAUGUGGUCUCACAGCCUGCCAACAGUUCGGCAGGGGCCACACAUCAGGCCAGAGAAAUUGGUGAGCGCAUGUUCAACCAGAGCGCUUCCUGUGAAAGUCCGGCCUGGCUUCCCGCGGCCUUUCAGCACGUGUCAUACCUAGUGGCUCCACCCAAGACCAAAGCGCAGUUGGAGCAGGAGCAGAUCGAUCGAGAUCAGAACGUCAUUCGCGAGGAUCCCAUGGUCAAUGUGGAUAUGACGCCAUGGUACUACGUCCGCACCUUGCUCUUCGUGACCGUCUUGAGCUGGUCGGUCCUGCUGACCGGCCGCAUUGUGGAAUGCAUCAUGAGCGAGCGCAUGCUGGUGACCAACCCGGGCGCCCCUCCCUGGACCCGCAUCGGACGUUGGUACGGCUGGGAGAGCGGACCUAUCACCUCCAAGCACUACGCGCAUGUGACGCCCAUGCGUGGACACUUUGCUUGGCAGAAGGGAUGGGGACCCCAGGGACAACAGGAGCUGUGGGCCAGCGAUAUGUUUGGCUUCCACCCAGAGGCCGAUAUGCAUUGGUCCGAGGCGGAAGGCCCAGAACCCCAUGUUGGCGUGGCCGGCCGUGGCAAGAACACCUGGUUCACCGGGGUCAUCAAAUAUGCGCGGGUCUAUGAAGGUGGAGACCAUGAUUGGUUGGACAGUGGAGGUCAUCGUCGUUUGCAGAGCGCCGGGGCGACAAGGGCGACAAGUGUGACAAGUCCUGCCAUCUUUCGACCUGUGGUGCCUGCGGCCAUCCAUUGGCCACCGAUGUUGGAACCCGAACUAUUGGCCUCCAGCGCCCAUGGAAUUAUUGCCAUGGCCCCUGGUGGAACUGGGGCCAUCCUCCCAGGCAACUCAGCCUUUGAGGGUGGCCACAGUGUUCCAUUCAACCUGGGGAUCUUGGAAAUGGGCCGUGCUCAUGGCCUCAGUUGGUCACCUCAGGGCCAGCUGCUGCUGCACACCAGCUCCGGCAAGAUCGCUUCCUGCCCCGUGACGGCUGCAGGAGGCUCCAUCCCAUGUCAGGCUUUGGAUCUGCCACCAGUGCCAGGCUGGGAACCCUCUGGGAUUGCAGUGGUGACCCCUGCUGUUGAGCCACAUCCUUUCCGUGCGGCCAUCCUGGGAGAUGGCAAGGUCAGGGUUCAUGAGUUGACCACGGGAUUGACACAACAUUGGCACCCAACAGUGGAGUUGCAGAUCCCACACAGCACCAGCAAACCCGUGUCCCUGUCUGGAGAUCAUGAACGGCUGGUGAUGGCAAUGGAUGAUGGUUCCGUCUUCCACUGGUUGUUGGAUGGACAACGAACAGGCGAAGCCAUUCGUGAAGUCCCAACCGCCGGUCCCCGGCGCAGCUGGAGCUGUGCAUGCGCCACGCCGAGUGGUCGCGUGAUGCGCUUGGCCAACAAGUGGCGUCGCCACCCCGCGGGGCACAUGGAGUGGACCUCGGAGCUAUUGCUGUGA